UUUGCAGCUUAGAACCAGAAAAUGUUCAAGCUGAUCCAAAGAACUAUACCAGUCUCCUUGUAACUUGGGAAAGGCCACGUGUUGUAUAUGACACAAUGAUAGAAAAAUUUGCUGUUUUUUACCAACAGUUGGAAGGAGAAGACCAGACAAAGCAUGAAUUUCUAACAGAUGGUUAUCAGGACUUGGAGGAAGAUGAAAUGGAAGAUGAAAGGACAGGGUUGGAUGAAGACGCUACUGUAAUUGCCAGUAGAGAUAGUGCAACAAACCAAAUCAAAAAAAGCAAGUUCCAGUUUACCACAUCUAGCUACAGUCAGGAAAGGAUGGAAACAAAAUUCAGUGAAGAUGGAAUACCGAGAUAUUUCACAGAAGAGAAAUACUUACAUGAUCGCUCCAAAGCAACUUUUGAUCAAACUUUUCCACCUUUCACUGAAGGACUAAAAGAGGAAGAGAAUAACCCCAUGGAAUUUCAAGCAGCAACAGCAAUUGUUCCUCCUGCAAGCAGCUCCACCAAAGGUAAUGAGGAAGAGUAUGCACACACUUUUUCUGGCAAUGAAACAACCAGAGAAUCUGCUGCUGAUAGUAAUGAAGAUGAUAUAGAGGUAUCUGCUUUUAAGCCUGACCUAGAAACUGAUGACUCUUGGGGUUCCAUUCCUAUCACCUCUGCUACCCGGUUAGUUACUUUGGAGACAUCUCAGGAAAAUACGUUUAGUUCUGGAAGUCCAGACACAACCACACAGGAUGAUCUUUCUCAAAACUAUGUCAAAAUUCUAUCAGAUGACAUGUUACCCUCAAAAGCAGAAGAAUCUGCCCCCAAAAUAUCUGCAAUCAAUGAAAAUGAGUGGUAUCCUAAUAGCACAGAUAGUACUGCUGUUGCAUUGGAUAGCAAGGAUCUUUCUAACGUUAAUUCCCCUAUUCCUACAACAGCACUUUAUCCUAAUGAUCCCGAGGGGCCACAAGAUACUUCAGUUGCAGUUACAGUAUUGCUACAUUCUUCUACCUUUGCUCUCUCCUCUUCUGAGUUAUCAUCUUACUCUGUCUCAUCAAAUUCUGAAGAACGUGGCUCUGCUUCUUCUGGAAGUGAGGUACUCUCUCAGACAACUCAAGCAGUUUAUAAUGGUGAGAUACCACUUCAACCUUCCUACAGUAGUGAAGUGUUUCCUCUAGUCACCCCUUUAUUGUCUGACACUCAGUUGCUCAACAUUUCCCCUGAAGCAUCAAGUAGUGAUGUGACCUUGCAUGCUACACCUGUAUUUCCCAGUGUUGGUAUGUCAUUUGAAUCCACCUUGUCUUCCUAUGAUGAUGUACCUCUGCUUCCAUUUUCCUCUGCUUCCUCCAGUAGUAAAAUGUUUCACCAUUUAUAUAUGGUUUCUCAAACAUUUCCACAAGUUGCUCCAGCUAUUGAAAAUGAUAAAGGGUCUCUGCAUGCUUCUUUGACAUUGGAGGAGGGUGGCACAUUAACCAAAUCAUGGCUCACUCAGUUUUCUGAUGUGACAUCAUAUCAGAUGGUCCAUGCUACUUCAGAGACAUUGGGAUUUGGCCAUGAUAGAACUCACUUGUUAUCUCAAGUGGAGCCACCCAGCAAUGAUUUCAAUGGGCAUGAAGUGUCUACAAUGUCUGAAUCUGUUUAUGCUUUAUCUGGUAAUAUGGGUUCUCCUCAAACUGUUGCUGCUUCUUAUCACACGUCUGAAUUUGUGCAUGAGUCUGUUGGCACAUUUCAUCAUGGUCCAUUGUUUAGCAUCUAUAGCAAUAUGCCGGUGCCUAAGCCUUCUUCUGCAGUCUCGCAAGCUGAUACUUUUCUGCAGCCUCCAUGUUUUCUUUCUAGUGAAACGGAUUGCUCUGAGGCUCAUUCUGGUAGUGAGUCCCUUUUGCCUGACACAGAUAUUUGGUCGGUACUGAAAGCUUCUUCGCAUGUUUCUUCCAGUGAAGUAAUGUGCAGCACACCUGUAUUCACAGGUGAAGUUGAGAUGACUCCCCAAAAUGGUGUAAUGCAUGGAUAUGACAAAGGACUGCAAAUUUCUGCUUCUCAUACUGGAAAUGAAAUGACUGAACCUCCUCCAUCCAUUUCUAAUUAUGAGAUUCCUAAGCAGGAUACACGUCCUCAAGAAAGCCUCAUUACUGUCUCUAGUGCAAAGGGAAUCCUGCCAGGAUCUAUUGCUUUUCCUGCUACUAAGGUGUUUGAUUAUUAUGUUAGUAAGCGCUUGGAAAAUGUUCCUAUUCGGUCUUUGCAUGUUGCAACUCCGGUCUUUGAUGACACUUUGCUUAAGCCUAUGCUUAGUGCAAACUCACAGCAAGCUUCCUCUACCCCUGCUUCUAGCAAAACACUGCCUUCUCCCAGCCAGCAGUACUUUUACUGGGCUUCAGCUACCCUAAAUAAUAUUUCAUUGCUGCAAACCUCAUUUCAAUCCUCCAAUGAUGAUACAGUGCGUAAAACAUCUGUGCCUGAUGAUCCAGUACUGGUUGAAAAUGUUACAAAUGGUCAUAGUAGUAAUUUUGUUUUUAACCAAAUAUUGCCUCAAAUAGCCACAAAUGCAGCUGAAUAUAAAAAAGUAUUGCAUUCUACAUCAAAACCAUCUGCUGUAAAUAUAUCCCAUACUGUUGGUAAGGCUUUCAGUUCGCCAGAAAGUUUAACGUUUCCCCAUAUAAGUGAUGAGUACAUCUCUCCCUAUUUGCAUAAGAGUGAAGACAUACAACAGGUUUCUCCUUCCUUGUAUAAUAAUGGUGUGCCGUAUCCACCAACCAAUUUUGAAAAUAAAAAUGCUUUCCCCUUGAAUGCAGUGAAUACAGUGACUAUUCCUAUUGGGCCAACUGAAAUGUUGCCAAAUGCAGCUACCUUUGCUCACAAUCUUCCAAAUGAUUGGCCAAAGGCUGAGUCUCUCACUUUAUCCUCAAGUGCUAAGAUAGUUGAUGUGACAUUUUCUAUGCCUGAAGUAAUCGCUGAUUCUAUUCAGCAUGCGUCUAUCAAUGCACCAGAUACACAUAGAUCUCUUACGGCUGAUUCUUCCAGCAGUGAAGGCAGCAAAAGUUUAAACCCUCUAUUAAUUCCCACUCAAUUGCUCCCCACAACCAGUUCUGAUCGUGAACCAUGGUCUUCUCUGGUUGAUCAUGAAUACGAUGAGUAUGAUAGUGGCUUGCCUGUAAGUGGUUGUCACACAUGCAUUUCCAACAGAGAAACUCGGGAAGAGGUAGAUGAGCCAGCUACUGACCUAAACAAUGCAAACAGUCAUCAGAACAUAAUUAGAAAACUACAUUUUGAAAGGCCUCAGAAAAAGGAAGCGAAGAAAAUCCUUAGUUCUCUGUCAGACCAUACAGUUACUGAGGAGACUGAUCAACUCAAGCAAGCGUCAGUUCCCGCCAUGGCCCCAAACAGGAAGAUGAAGAAGCACGGUGAUCAGGCUUUACUGGAUAAUUCUGCUCAGACUCUUAGCAACCCAUUGCCAAGAACAUUAGAAUCUAAAUCUUGGUCAGUUUUUACCAGUGAUGAAGAAAGUGGUUCUGGCCCAGGUACCUCAGAUAGCAUAAAUGAGGAGAUGUCAACAGAUUUCAGUUUCUUUGGUGUUAAUGAACAUGACUUGGAAGGGGUGGUUGGAACAGGUAACUCAGAAUUAACUCCUGGACUGCAAGAGUCAUCAAUAGAAUUCAUAUCUAGAGCUGUCUCCACAGUCUUCAACAUUUCUGAGGCAGAAGCAAGUAAUAGUAGCCAUCAGUUGAUUAUUGGACUGCCAGAACAGAAGACAGUUAUACCCCUUGUGAUUGUAUCAACCUUGACAUUCACCUGUCUAGUGAUACUUGUUGCUAUUCUAAUAUAUUGGAGGAAAUGCUUUCAAACUGCACACUUUUAUUUAGAGGAUAACACAUCUCCUCGAGUGAUAUCCAUUCCCCCAGCACCCGUGUUUCCUGUGUCAGACGAUGUUGGAGCAAUCCCAACAAAACAUUUUCCAAAACAUGUUGCGGAUUUGCAUGCCAGUAAUGGAUUUCCAGAAGAAUUUGAGGAAAUCCAGAGUUGCACAGUAGAUCUAGGAAUUACAUCAGACAGUUCCAAUCAUCCUGAUAACAAGAAUAAGAAUAGAUACAUAAAUAUAGUUGCCUAUGAUCAUAGCAGAGUUAAACUUACCCAACUUUCAGACAAGGAUGGAAAAGUUACUGACUAUAUUAAUGCCAAUUAUGUUGAUGGCUACAACAGACCAAAAGCUUAUAUAGCCGCCCAAGGGCCUUUAAAAUCAACAGCAGAAGAUUUCUGGAGAAUGAUAUGGGAACAUAAUGUGGAAGUCAUUGUAAUGAUAACGAACCUUGUUGAGAAAGGACGGAGAAAAUGUGACCAGUACUGGCCUGCUGAUGGCAGUGAAGAAUAUGGAAAUUUUCUGGUGACCCAAAAGAGCAUUCAUGUUCUCGCCUAUUACACCGUGAGGAAUUUCACUAUCAGGAACACCAAAGUGAAGAAGGGCUCCCAGAAAGGAAGGUCAAGUGGUCGUUUAGUUUCUCAGUAUCAUUAUACUCAGUGGCCUGACAUGGGUGUUCCUGAAUACACGUUGCCAGUGCUGGCAUUUGUUCGAAAGGCAGCCUAUGCUAAAAGACAUGCUGUAGGUCCUGUGGUGGUGCAUUGCAGUGCUGGUGUUGGAAGGACAGGCACAUACAUAGUAUUAGACAGCAUGCUCCAGCAAAUUCAACAUGAAGGGACUGUCAACAUAUUUGGGUUCCUGAAGCAUAUUCGAACACAAAGGAAUUAUUUGGUGCAGACAGAGGAACAGUACAUCUUCAUUCAUGAUGCACUUGUGGAAGCCAUACUAAGCAAAGAAACAGAAGUACCGGAAAAUCACAUUCAUGCCUAUGUGAAUUCACUCUUAAUACCAGGACCAAUGGGAAAGACAAGAUUAGAGAAACAGUUCAAGCUUCUGAACCAAUCAAAUAUACAGCAGUGUGAUUAUUCUACUGCAUUGAAACAGUACAACAGAGAAAAGAACAGGACUUCAUCUAUAAUUCCUGUGGAAAGAUCUAGAGUUGGUAUUUCAUCGUUGUCUGGUGAGGGCACUGAUUACAUUAAUGCUUCCUAUAUUAUGGGUUAUUAUCAAAGUAAUGAAUUCAUUAUUACCCAACAUCCUUUGCUACACACUAUCAAAGAUUUCUGGAAAAUGAUAUGGGAUCACAAUGCUCAAAUAAUUGUUAUGCUCCCUGACAGUCAGAAUAUGGCAGAAGAUGAAUUUGUCUACUGGCCAAACAAAGAAGAUCCUAUAAACUGUGAGAGCUUUAAAGUCAGCCUGAUUUCAGAAGAGCAUAAGUGUUUAUCCAACGAAGAGAAGCUCAUAAUCCAGGAUUUCAUUUUAGAAGCUACACAAGAUGAUUACGUUCUUGAAGUGAGGCACUUUCAGUGUCCAAGAUGGCCAAAUCCAGAUAGCCCUAUUAGUAAAACAUUUGAACUUAUAAGCAUCAUAAAAGAAGAAACUUCCAACAGAGAUGGCCCUAUGAUUGUGCAUGAUGAGUAUGGAGGAGUGACAGCGGGUACCUUCUGUGCUUUAACAACACUUAUGCAUCAGCUAGAAAAUGAAAAUUGUGUGGAUGUUUAUCAUGUAGCUAAGAUGGUCAAUUUGAUGAGACCUGGAGUCUUCACAGAUACUGACCAUUACCAGUUUUUGUACAAAACUGUCCUCAGUCUUGUUAGUUCAAGGCAAGAAGAAAAUCCCUCGAUAUCCAUCGACAGUAAUGGCUCAGUUUUACCAGAUGGCAGUGCAGCGGAAAGCUUGGAAUCAUUAGUUUGACUUCAAUCAAAAUAUGACAGAGCAAUUAUCCAGAGCUGGAAAUAUUUCCUUUUUUUACAUGGGGCAGGGUGAUGUCCAGCUAUUAAAUAAUCUUUUUUUAAAAUUUCAUUUGAUUUGAAUAAACAUUUCUUGCAAAUGCAUUAACAAUGUGUGCCUUUUUGAAAAAAAAAUCUCGUAAUGCAUUUUGUUAUGUUUGAACUAAUUUUACUGAACUCUGCAGUUUCUAAGAAUGGUAUGUAGUCUUUUACAGUAUUAGUUUUUAAUUUUUGUGAUUACAUUUUCACUUAAAUUUUAUCAUAACUAUAGAUGCUGAAGUUUUCAGCAACACACAUUUUAGUAUCCAAUUCAUUGUUAUUUAUAGCACUCCUAAUACCUUUGUUAGAAAUUUAACUUUUAAUAUGGUAGAAUGUAAAUAUAUUCUCUGUAAUAUUCAACAUUUUAAGACUUUAGUAGGCAUUUAGUAGAACUGAUACUUAUUGUAAAUAUUUCUAGAGUGGAUUCCAUGGACCAAAUUUAUAUUUAUAAUUGUAGAUUUUUAUAUUUUACUACAAAGUCAGUUUUCUAGUUCUGUGUAAUUGCAUUGUUAAAAUGAUGUAGUUCUUAAUUUUAGUAGCUUCUGAUAUAUUGUCAUGCAUCCUAAAUGGUAACUAUCUCUGCAUGUAAUUUUAACUUUUGUGGGAAAUCGAAAUAUACUUGUUUUGAAAUACGAAGUUUCUAUGAAAAUAACGUCUGUACUAAGCAUUGUUUCAAUGUUUUCUAUCCACGGCAUUACAAAAAUGAGUAUCAAUAUUUCAGCUUGUAUUGAACACUUGGCAAAAAUAAAA